CUCUGGUCUCUGUAGUUUUCUCGAUUUUCAGCAGGAGACUCGUCGUAAAUGUUCUUACCGGGGAUGUCGGGCCGGCCUGGACGUGACCCACGACGGUCUGGGCAUCGUGCUUCUUCUCUUGAAGGAGCAGAAUAAAUGUGUGUCACUCCGCCCGGAGGUGUGUGAGGACCGGGCCUGACCCUGCAGCGGCUCCGUGCUUCGUGUCACUGCGGCGGCCUGAGGAUGAGCUGAAUGCUGAUGAUCGUGGAGCUGGACCAAGGAGACGAGGAGAGGAGGAGAUGAACCGUUUCCUCAGAGCUGUGGAGGAUGGAGGUCUGCUGAGCGGCUGCAGGGAGCUGUCACCCAACCACACCUCCUCCUGCAUCUCCUUCACCUCCUCCUCCUCCUCCUCCUCCUCAGCCGACAGACACGCGGCCCUGCCCUCGCUCCAGACCCGGGGACCUGGCGGCGGCGGGUCGGAGCCGAGGAGAUCCGCGCUGAAACGCAGCCGAGCCGGCCGGGAGGGACCAGAGGACCCGGGGGUGGAGGAUCAGCCCGCGGCCGUCGCGGUGCGCUGCUGCGGAGGAGGAGAGGCGAGUGUCGGGAAGCAGCAGCUGCGGCGUCGGGAGAGUCAAGGACGCGGCGUCGGCGGAGAAGGAGCCGGGAUGAUCUCAGCGGUGAUGAGGGAGGCGGACAGCGGCGUCUGCUCCGACGUGACCGCGGCCUCCAGCUCUGCGACAUGCGCCAAAGGCAAAGAGGAGCGGAAGGGGAAGAACGUGAUCCGCGGCUGGAAGAGAGACCGGGACCGGGACAGCGGUCCUCCUGCCGCUGCCUCUGUCCGGCAGAGGAAGGAGAGAAGCGGGGAUGGUGCGUCUCCUCCUCCUCCUCCUCCUCCCUCCGUCUUCCUCUCGUCGUCCGCCCUGCCCGAGCAUCAUCUGUGCCGCGACGGCCCCGGACUGUGCCGCUGCGACCUCAGGACCACCGCUGGAGACAACCACCACAACAACCACAACAACAACAACCACAACAACCACCACAACACAAACAGCAGCGGAGCUAAGAACGCGCUGGAUUGUGGAGCUAAAGGCGGCGGCGCUAUUGUUGUCAGGCGGCAGCAUGACGACACGCCGGCCGCCAAGAAACACAGAGGAGCCGAGAAG